UUCCAUCCUCGCUUCUACGAACCGUACAGUCCAGAGAGAAUAUACAGAAUGGAAGAAAGCUUUCCUCGUUUCCUUUCGCAUACGAAUUUUCGCUGAGACUGCGUGCAUAUCAAUUAGCUCCCUCGAAACCCUAAUUUAUCGGAACCAGAAACCCUAAUUUCAUCAUCUUCCUGUUGGUUUUCCUCUCGUUCUGCUAUCUCAGCUGCUCUUCAUUGUUUGCAUGGCGGUUCGGUGGCGGUUGGGCAUUCAAAACUUAGGUUUUACGUGCAGUAACUCCCGUGCUUUAUUUCGUUGAUAUUUACCGGAAGCUCCAUUUCUUUCUGUAGUGGGGGCUGCGCUUGAGUUGAAAUUUUAAUGUUAGUGUGAUUAACAUACAAGCUCAUCCAAAGAUUCCUGCAGUUGCAAACUACAUUUUGCUCAACAUAAACUUUACAUACUUGGCGAGAAUGGAGGACCAUGUGGGGAUCCCAGAUGAUAUGCGUUGUAAAAGAUCAGACGGGAAGCAAUGGAGAUGCAAUGCUUUAUCUAUGCCAGAUAAAACGGUAUGUGAAAAACACUACAUUCAAGCAAAGAAGAGAGCAGCAAAUUCUGCCCUGAGGGCAAGUCUGAAGAAAGCAAAAAAGAAGUCAACAGAUGAAAGUGAUACCUAUGUGGAUAAUAAGAAGGAUGAGAUUGAGAAGCCUCUAACUAAUGCAAAAGGGGGGCAUGAAAUUUCACCUGCAACUACGGGUAAAAAGUCCAAGGAGAAGGUGGCCAAAAAUCAAUCUUCUUAUGCUCCCAAAGAAGUGCCAGUGAAAGGUUCAGUUACCCGUAGUGCCGUGAAAUUGAAUGAGGAUGCACAAAGAGACUUAGCUCAUAGUGAUGACAACAAAACCAAAUCUGCUUCAAAGCUGCACCCUUCCAUUGUGACUUCUAGAAAUAAAACCCCAAAAAGCUCAGCUGGCAAGGUUCCGGUGGAAUAUUCAGGUAAAAGCACUGAUUCAUCAGGUGAGGCAAGCGGGCAAACUUGCCACCAGUGUCAGAAGAGUUAUAAAGGGAAAAUAAACUGGUGUAUGAACUGCAAUAGAAGAGGCUAUUGCAACAGCUGCCUUUCUAAAUGGUAUCCUGAUAUUCCCCCAGAGGAAAUCCAAAGGGUCUGUCCAGUGUGCCGCGGGACUUGCAAUUGCAAAGUGUGCUUAUGUGGAGACAACCUGAUAAAGGUCAGGAUUCAGGAGAUACCUGGCCACGAUAAAUUGCGAUAUAUCCAUCACCUACUAUCUUUGGUUCUUCCUGUACUCAAGCAGAUUGACAUAGAACAGAAUAUGGAAUUGGAAGCUGAAACCAAGGUUCAUGGAUUUAAGGGCGAUGUUCCCAGAAGCAAGUUGAACUCAGAUGAGCAGAUAUGUUGCAACCGCUGUGGGAGUGUUAUUGUUGACUACCAUAGACGCUGUGGAAAUUGUUCGUAUGAUCUAUGCCUUGCUUGCUGCCUGGAUGUUAGACAAGCGUGUCGGAUUGGUUUGAAGAUUAAAAGGGAGGGAACCCAAGUUGUGGAGAGUGGAAAGGAUGGGGUUAUUCAUGCAACAACUGAUCCAGAAGAUAUGGAUGUGGAUACGAUGAGAUAUUGUCUUCCAUGUCCUUUGUGGAAAGUCAAUAGUGAUGGAAGUAUUCCAUGCCCCCCAGAGGAUUAUGGUGGUUGUGGUUGCAAAUCAUUGGUUCUAAUGCGCAUUUUCAAAAUCAAUUGGAUUAGAAAACUAGAGAAAGACACCGAGGAAUUGGUUAAUGGCUGUAAGGUCCAAGAGCCCGAACAUUUGGACUCAUGCUUUUUUUGCUUGACGAGCUUACCUUCUGAAAGCAGUCAAUUUGUAAAUUCUAAUCUCCGCCAAACAGCUUUCCGAAAGGAUAGCACGGACAAUUUCCUCUAUUAUCCAUCAUCUUAUGAUAUCAAACUUGAAGGUGUCUAUCAUUUUCAGAAGCAUUGGGUCAGAGGCGAACCAGUUAUCGUGAAGCAUGCAUUUGAUAGUGCAUCAGUUUCUAGCUGGGAUCCCAUGGUUAUUUGGAGAGGAAUUCGGGAAACUGAAGAUGAAAAGAUGAGAAAUGAUGAUCGAGAUGUAAAAUCUAUAGAUUGCCUUGACUGGUCGGAGGUUGAGAUUAAUCUGGGGCAGUUCUUGAAAGGCUAUUCAGAGGGGCGGAUCCAUGAAAAUGGUUGGCCAGAAAUGUUGAAGUUGAAAGAUUGGCCAUCUCAAAAUUCCUUGGAGGAAUUCCUGUCAUACCAAAGAGCUGAGUUUAUCAGUACACUGCCAGUGCUUGAGUAUAUUCAUUCCAAGUGGGGUCUUCUCAAUCUUGCCACAAAGUUACCCCAUGGUUCUCUAAAGUCAGAUCUAGGACCUAAGAUCUCUAUUGCUUAUGGGACAUAUGGAGAACUUGGUCGAGGUGAUUCUACAACAAAACUCCACUAUAAUAUGGGUGAUGUGGUCUAUCUAUUGAUGCAUACAUGUGAAGUGAAGUUUCAAGGUUGGCAACGUGCUAAGAUUGAGAAGAUACAAAAGACAUUUAGAGCAAUAGAUGCACAAGCAUCAGCUGAUUUGCAGGCUAUUGAAACUAAACAUAAUGUUGAUGAGAGAGAGAAGUCACCCAGUCAAGCUACUGAACGAAGUAAGCAAGAUGAUGUGGGGUGUAGUUUGAAUUCUGAAGCAGCUGAUGUUGUGGAUGACCAUGUCUCCUCUAGUGCAACUGAGUUGUCUGGAAAGAGCAAGUCCGUUCCUAGCGAGAGAAAGGAAAUUGGUACAUCACCAUCUGUCAUUGGAGGUGAUAAUGAUGCACUGGAUAGAACCCGUGGCGGAGUUCAUUGGGAUAUUUUCCGCAGGCAGGAUGUUGCUAAGCUUAAUGAAUAUUUAAAAGUCCAUUGGCGGGAAUUCAGGCAUUUUGGUUGCCACCAGUUUAAUUCAGGUACAAGACCUCUGCUGGAUCAAGUUGUUUUCUUGAAUGAAGAGCACAAGAGGAAGUUGAAGGAGGAAUUUGAUGUCGAACCAUGGACAUUUGAACAACAAGUUGGUGAGGCAGUUUUUAUCCCUGCGGGGUGCCCUUUUCAAGCAAGAAAUCUUCAGUCUUGUGUACAAUUGAGUAUGAACUUCCUUUCCCCUGAAAGCUUAGGGGAAUCUUUACGCUUGGCACAAGAGAUCCGCUCUCUUUCCGAUAAACAUGCAGCAAAACAGAAUAUGUUGCAGGUUGGUAAGAUGGCUGUAUAUUCGGCUAGUUGGGCUAUCAAAGAGAUUCAGAAGUUAGCACUUGAUCCUAUAGUUGUCUCGGAAUUUGGAACUGGUAACCCAAAUCUCACGACCCUGCUUUCUGAGAACUUGGAAAAGAUGAUCAAAAGGAGGCAGAUCACCUGCAUUUGAAUUAAUUUCAAUUGUAUAUGUAUUUUAGUUAAUUUUUAUCCUCCUCUUUAAAUGUGGUUAGUUUUUAUCUUCGCAUUUAUUGGUUAUACUACUGUCCCGAAUGACUGAAUUACGGUCAAUGAAGCAGUUCUGUAAUCUUGUAACUAUGCCAUCAUUUAUAAAAAUUGUGAUUUUAUCAUUAUAAAAACAGUGAAAAUCUUGUGUAUUCACA